AUGGCCUCUUAUAAAGAAUAAUCUAUUAGUCAAUCCGAAAAUUCUUGAGAUACUUUUGAUUUAACGUAUAUCUCCAUAAGAAAUAAAUUUCUUAGAGCUCUCCAUUACAGUAUAAAUAGAAUGUGAUCAAUCAUUAGGUUAUUGAUUAAUGAAAUGUCGCCCCAGGAAUCGUUGUUAUUUGAUAACUCAACUAUUUUCAUCGACUACGUCCAUAAUUCAUUGAUUAUGCCCCUACUAUCACUUGAACUGAGCCGAUUUUAGUCAAUAUUUUAACCAUAGGAUUUUAAAAUAAUAACGCAAAUACUAACGACGCUGCAGUCGAAAUUUUCUGGAAAAGAGUUAAGCACCCCCUGGCAAAAAAAACUCGUCAAUUAGUUUCCUGGAUGAUGGACAACUAAUCAGCCCAUCAGCUGGGGCGGGAUCAGUGCCUUAAAAAAAAAUUCCGUUAAUAAAUCGUCGUUUACGAUAAGGAAAAUUGAUUGAUUGGUCUGACCCCUUUAUUUUCACUUGUCGACCUCGAACUGGCAACAAUAAUAACAGUUCAUUCUGGCGUGUGAUAAUCAGGCAAAUGUGUUUGCCACUGUCAAACAAUCGCUCGAAGGAGUAACGAUAGUGUACAACGGCACUGGAUACGUAGAGCAGCCACGCGAAAUAUAUGUCAUGAAUAAUUACCCGGUGUGGUAGUCAUUAUCGUGACAUACAAAACGAGAUACGCGAAUCGAUGGGAGUAUAAAUAAGAAACAAAAAUAAGGGGAUGAAGCUGUGUGUACUUUUUCGGUACUCACGAGGAGUGAGUCAGCGGUGUCCGGAUAUAAGGGACGACUACCCUGUGAUAUACUUCCCCCUCAACGAAAUGAUCCAGUGGUAAUGAUUCUCUGGUACCGAGAGUUUACGAGUAGACAACCAAUUUAUAGUGUCGAUGCGAGAAAAGGUGGCCUACAUGUUGAUGCCCCUAGAUGGUCUGACCCAAAGACCUUUGGUGGCAGGGCGACAAUGAGGAUAGAUAAGGGAAUGGCCCAUUUGGAGAUUAACCCAGUAAUGCCCACUGAUUCUGGGAUCUACAGAUGUAGGGUGGACUUUAGGAACAGCCCUACAAAAACUCAAAAAGUUAAUUUCACAGUUAUUGUACCUCCGGGCAAGCCUACGAUAUACAUCGGCCCAGAUCAAAUCUACUCAGGAAAACUGCCAGUUAUAACCGAGGGUGGCCCACUGACCCUCGUCUGUGAAGUCAGAGGGGGAUCACCACCACCCAGAGUAAUUUGGUACUUGGGUAACAAAAUGCUAGACGAUACAUUCGAGCCUGUCAAUGACGAUGUAGUGUCAAAUACGCGGACCAUCGCCAUGGUUUCACGGGAAUAUGCAACAACAAAAGUCCUCUGUCGAGCCUCCAACACUGAUAUGAUUGAACCGAGUACCACCGAGCUCCUUCUCGACGUCAAUCUAAAGCCACUGGAGGUCAAUAUCACGAAUAAACAGAAUCACUUAUUGGCCCUUCAGACUUACGAAUUUGAAUGUGUAACGUCGGGCUCGAAACCCGAGGCAACAAUCACCUGGUGGAAGGGCUCGCACCAGGUUAAGCAUAUGGCAAAAACAUUUAAGAAUGCGGAUAACGUGACAAUGAGUGUCCUGAGUUACGUAGCAACGAUAGAGGACGAUGGAAGAUGUUUAACCUGUCGGGCUGAGAACUCAGUUGUUUCGGACAGUGCACUGGAAGACAAAUGGAAACUCGUUGUUCACUAUGUACCAGUGGUUACCAUCAGACUCGGCUCGGGUUUACGUGCGAAUGACAUAAACGAGGGCGACGACGUGUACUUCGAGUGUGACGUUAAGGCCAACCCAGAGGCGUACAAGCUUGGAUGGUUCAAGGAUGGAAGGGAACUGCAUCAGAAUGUCAGCGCUGGUAUUAGACUUCCUGGUGAAAAAUCAUUGGUUCUUCAGAGUGUCAAUCGAGCAUCGGCAGGAGACUACGCAUGCACUGCUGUCAAUGCCGAGGGAUCAUCCACGAGUCGGCCUGUGACACUGGAUGUUAUGUACGCUCCAAUCUGCAAAGACGGUGCCGCAAUUCAAGUAGUUGGAGCAUUGAAACCCGAAACAAUAACACUGGUAUGUGGAGUGCAAGCCAAACCUGCGCCUACUAUGUACCACUGGUCAUUUAAUAAUUCCGGAGAGUUAUCGGUACCCGCUGAUCGUUAUGGGCCCACCAAGUCUCACUCACGUAUCACGAAUCAGUGGCACGGCUCACGAGUCAACUAUACCCUGAAUGACGAUCGUGAAUAUGGUAUGGUGUCUUGUUGGGCGGAGAAUACGAGGGGCAAGCAGAGAACACCCUGUCUAUUCCAGAUAAUUCAAGCUGGAAGGCCAUAUCCACCGCAGAAUUGUUCAACUGCACAAUCCACUGGUCCCUAUGGAUAUCGCACGAACCAGGAAGAAUCAAAAUCCCCGGAAUCCGCUGAUGCGGAAUGGCUGAUAGUGCGUUGCACUGAAGGCUUCGAUGGUGGUCUCCCCCUCACAAGUUUCGAGUUGGAAGUUUGGAGCGAGGAAAAUGCUUACCACAUCAACACAAUCCACUUUAACCGCACCGAACGCCUCCCCGGCCACCGACAUCAGGGCCCCAUCUUCGAGGUGGUAGGCCUCGAGCCCGGUAGAAACUACCGACUACUAGUUUUCGCAGUCAACGCUAAGGGGAAAAGUGAACCCGUUGUUCUGUCUUCAAUCACACUGAAGGGUGUGGCGAUGUACACAACUGGUCGAGGUUCCACCGACAAAGACACAGACUACAGCCUCCUAGUGGCGUGUUUUGCGGGUGGAGUAACGGCAGUUUGUAUCCUAGUGGUAGGUGUAACAGUAACCCUUUACCGUCGAAACAACGCAACUCGCCCAAUGAAAUCGCAGAUGCAUGUGGUGCACUGCGACGAGAAAGACGAUCCUACGGGUCAGUCCUCGAGUCUCGAAAAAUCCCACGAUUUUUCUACCGUGAAGGAAGUCACCAAGCCAACGGCGAGGUUCAAGGACCCUCCAGAUUCUCCAAUAAUCGAUAGUAACGAGGAGAAUCCGGAUGUUAUACCCAGCAAGCUGAGUGGUAAUUACUCAACAAAACCGGAGCGUGCGAAAGAAUUUAAUGAUCCUGAGACAAGUGAUUACCCGUCACCAGCGUCUGUUCUGCAUGGUAAGGACACCUGGAUCUAUCCAAAUGGUUACGUUGAGAGGCCAGACGCUACCAGCCCAAUUCGUCCCAGUACACUGCCAGUGCAUCGCACUCACGAUAUCUACACGAGAAGUUUGAGGGUUCAAGAGAGUUGUAUAUAAAAACAGAGACUAAUUUCUAUGGUAUAUUUAACGCUAAAAUCGAUGAUUAAUGUGAAGAUGAAUGAUUGAUGCUCUUGAUAUGGUGACUCUCAUCGAAUGAUUCAUGAGGUAUCGUCUGAACUGACGAUCCUGUUUCGAUGUUUGUACAUAGACAAUAAAAAUUUCAUUGUUAAGAACCGAACUGUGUUCUGAUUUAUUGAAGAGACCUGCAUUCCACCCCUCGAUUGCUGAAUCGAUUUUUCAGGGAUUGACGGUUUUAUCCGGUCUCUUGGAGAUCCAA